AUGGCCCAUCCAAAAAUCCCCGCCAGCGUCAUUUUGUCGCCGCGCGAGCUAAAACUGUACAAGCGUUGGCAGUGCUUGCACGCAAACAUCCGACCAAAUGAGCAAGGCUACAUUCCCACAGCCGGCGAGUACGAAGAUUUUCAACAAUGGCUCAAGCGACAAGACUCUGGCUAUUUUUCCGACAUAUUCGACGACAUUACUGGCCACAUCGCGCCUCCCGCUUCCGAAACCACAAAGUCCACGUCAAACUCGCCUGUCGCAUCAGUCUGUCAGCACACCAUGCACCCAACAGCAGCCGGCCAACUCCAAUCCCGAUGCCCUGUGUGUACAAUUGACAUGCACGUCAAGUACAUGCACGUAUUGUCGCAAGCCCUUGAGAAUGCGGGUGGUCGUGCGCCAUCAUGCACUCUGACUAGCUCCGAGCAUCAAGACACCGUCUACAAUGCCUGGUGCAAAGGCAAGAUAGGCGCACUCAAAGAACUCUCGGUUAUUGAAAACAUGGCUGCACAAGAGUCUGAAUGGUCAGCACGGCAUCCAGAGGAGAGCCACGAAAAUGUACAAACCGCGUCCAAGGCACUAGACCUGUAUUGGGCAGAGACCACAGGACAUGUAGAUGAGCGGCCGCGUCCCAAAAGGGAUUCUGCUGUCGCAUUUGCAGAAGAUACGGAUUUUGAGCCCGGAAGACCUAAUCCGUACUUUCAUCGGAGAUCACCGCGCUACGAACCCGGCAAGUACACCGUGGUUGACGACGAUGGUGACGACGAUGACGAGGAUAUGAUCUCAGAAGACUCGGAAGACUACUCUCAUGCAAAGAGUUGUCAUGUCACUGGUGCUGAAGAGCCGGUCGCCGAAUUGCUUGAAUCAUUCCAGAAUCUUGACACAGUCGACGACAUCGAAGAUGACGAUGGCGAUAGUGACUGGGAAGACGUCGAAUCUGACGACGAGUACAGUGACGAAGAUAGUGAGGGCAGCUGCACGUAUUGGGAAGUUGAGGAGGAGGCAAGCUUCAUCGUCUUCGGCGAGGACUGA